GAGGAGGACGAAGAGGACGAGGAGCCGGAGGAGGAGGAGGAGGACGAGCUGCUGACGAGCGACCCCCUACUGCCGGCGGGGACGCAGCGCGUGUGCUUGGUCCACCCUGAUGUCAAGUGGGGCCCGGGCAAGCCGCAGCUCACCACAGCUAAGUGGCAAGUGGCAGAGGCAACUGCGCUGGUCCACACGCUGGAUGGCUGGUCCGUGGUGCAGACGAUGGUCGUGUCCACCAAAGCACCCAGCAGUAGGCUUGUCUUUGGCAAAGGAAACUUUGAGCACCUGACAGAAAAAAUCAGAGGGUCUCCAGAAAUCACGUCCGUCUUCCUGAACGUGGAGAGGAUGGCUGCCCCGACCAAGAAAGAACUGGAAGCCGCCUGGGGCGUGGAGGUGUUUGAUCGGUUCACAAUCGUGCUGCACAUCUUCCGCUGCAACGCCCGCACGAGGGAGGCCAGGCUUCAGGUGGCGCUGGCUGAGAUCCCCGUCCUCAGGUCAAACCUGAAAAAUGACCUGGAUGGGCGAAGAGGGGGCUCCCGCUACAUCAUGGGCUCAGGAGAAUCUUUCAAGCAGGUUCAGCGGCGUCUCUUGAAAGAAAAGGAAAUCAAGAUUCGGAAGGCCCUGGAGAAACUGAGGAAGAAGAGACAUCUCCUGCGCAAGCAGCGGACGCGGCGGGAGUUCCCGGUGGUCUCCGUGGUGGGCUACACCAACUGUGGAAAAACCACCUUGAUCAAGGCUCUGACCGGCGACGCGGCUGCACAGCCCCGGGACCAGCUGUUUGCCACGCUGGACGUCACGGCCCACGCGGGCACGCUGCCCUCCUCCCUGACGGUCCUCUAUGUGGACACCAUCGGCUUCCUCUCCCAGCUGCCUCAUGACCUGAUCGAGUCCUUCUCGGCUACACUGGAGGACGUGGCCCACUCGGAUCUGAUUGUCCACGUGAGGGAUGUGAGCCACCCGGAGACGGAGCUGCAGAAAGCCAGCGUGCUAUCCGCCCUGCAGGGCCUGGGCCUGCCCACCCCGCUCCUGGACUCUGUGGUGGAAGUGCACAACAAGGUGGACCUGGUGCCCGGGUACAGCCCCGCAGAACCAAACGUCCUGGCUGUGUCCGCCCUCCUGGGGUAUGGGCUGGAGGAACUGAGAGCUGAGCUGGAAGAGGCAGUUUUGAGAGCCACCGGGAGACGGGUCCUCACCCUCCGUGUCCACCUGGCGGGGGCCCAGCUCAGCUGGCUGUACAAGGAGGCAACUGUGCAGCAGGUGGACGUGAUACCUGAGGACGGGGCAGCCGAUGUCACAGUCACCAUCAGCAACGCCGCCUACGGCAAAUUCCGGAAGCUCUUUCCAGAAUGAAAAGACACCCUCGGCCAGUGAAUCGCAUUUUUCCAGCAUCAGAGCAGAGUAGGCCACCUCCGCCUGCGUGUGCCUGGGCGUCUGCUGCCAAUGGCGACACCACGGUGGGGCUGGUGACACCUCGGAGUGGGCGGCUGGAGUGUCAGCUCUGAACCAUCCAGGCCAGCCAUCAGUGUGUGGCAAGAACUGGUUUCCCUCUGGGAUGUUUCAGUAACGAAGUAUUAAAAGCUUUGUUCUGAGGCGCCUCAA